GACAUUCAACAAGCGACAGCAACAGGACUCUCUCUCUCACACACACACAUACUACAGGACUGGAUAUUACAAAACUUCACAACAACAUCAGUCUGACGCACGCUACGACUUCGAAAUCGUUCCCAAUGUAACUCAAGUCAGUUUAACUAAGUAUCCGCAGUUCGCUUGUGUUUACAGUUUCGCGUUUCAGCUCUUAUUUUCGCUUGACAGUCAUAUGUGACAUUUUAAGAGGCGCACAGUAUUGCUGGUACCAUGGCUGACGCAGCCCAAAACCAGAUGGUGGAGAUCGACCCGGACUUCGAGCCGCUGUCCCGGCCCCGCUCCUGCACUUGGCCGCUGCCGCGACCCGAGUUCCCGAACCCCGCCGCCGCGGACUCCAACACCUCGUCCCCGGCUCCGUCCGUCAAACAAGAGCCCUCCAGCACCGCGGACUUCAUCAACAACCUCAGUCUGCUGGAGGAGAAUGAGGACUACCCCGACCAGAAGCCUCUCAUGCUCUGCGGCGAGUUCCAGUGCCAGGAGAACUGCAUUCACCAGCCGCAGAUCCCGAGUCAGCAGCAACAGGUGCCCGUGCUGUCCUCUCCUGUGGCCGCCGCCGCCGCUGCCGCCGCCGCCGCUCAACGCAAAAGCAGCUCGUCCCGGCGCAACGCCUGGGGAAAUAUGUCGUACGCGGACCUGAUCACCAAAGCCAUCGAAAGCUCACCCGAAAAGAGGCUCACCCUGUCUCAGAUCUACGACUGGAUGGUGAAAAGCGUCCCAUAUUUUAAAGACAAGGGGGAUAGUAACAGCUCCGCGGGCUGGAAGAACUCAAUCAGACACAACCUGUCCCUGCAUAGUAGGUUCAUCCGAGUGCAGAAUGAGGGAACUGGUAAGAGCUCUUGGUGGAUGCUCAACCCUGAGGGAGGGAAAAGCGGAAAGUCUCCUCGACGCCGGGCGGCCUCCAUGGACAACAACAGCAAGUUUGCCAAGAGCAGAGGACGAGCGGCGAAGAAAAAGCUGGCUCUUCAGGGUGGGCCCGAGGGUGGUGCAGACAGCCCAGGAUCCCAGUACGGCAAGUGGCCUGGAAGUCCGAACUCCCACAGCAAUGAUGACUUUGACGCCUGGACGGCUUUCCGACCCCGCACCAGCUCCAAUGCCAGCACACUAAGCGGUCGUCUCUCACCGUUUAUUGAUGACGAACUUGGAGACUCUGAUGUUCACAUGGUCUACCCAGGCCCUGGAUCAGGGACUAAAAUGACCUCCACCCUACCCAGCCUGUCCGAAAUGGCUGGAUCUCUAGGCCACAGUGGCUCUGAGAAUGUGAUGGAGAAUCUUCUGGAUAACCUCAACUUGCUUUCACCUAAGAACCCAUCCACAGGAGGUCCUGGGUCAGGAUCCAACCAGUCCUCACCCUCCUCGCUCAUGCAGGCCAGUCCAGGUUACUCCCCCUACAGUUCCCCAGGUCUAUCGGCGGUCAGCCAGCAGACCCAACAGGACUUUCGCAAGUGUCUCUACGGUCAGGCGGGAAUGGGAAGCAUGUCCCCUAUGUCCAUGCAGCCUCUGCCAGAAAGCAAGUCCAGUUUUGGUCCCAGUUCAGGAACUAUGGGUCAGUUUAACUGCACAGCAGGACUCCUAAAAGAGUUACUCACAUCUGAUGGGGAGCCUGGAGACCUCAUGCCCUCAGUGGACACUGUUGUAUCCCAAUCUGCUGGAGGUAGUGGAUGUAUGUUGCCUCCAUACAGCAGUGGGCGAAAUGAACUCAUGGGCGGUGGACCUACCCACAGUCACACCCUUUCUCACCCACACAAUAUACACGGACAAGCCCCGCCCACAUCUGUGGCACUGAACGGGCGAUCUCUGCACCCUCUGACUGCCAUUGGUCACAGCAGUGUGGGUGGACGCCUGGGAAGUGGGAAAUCUCCAAUGCAGAUGCAGUAUGGAGGCUCAGGUCAUCUCGGGGGUGGGCUUCCUCCAUACUGCAGCAUCAGCAGUAACGGAUACGGCCGCGGCCCAGGGAUGAUGCCCCACCAGCAGCUGCAACACCUGGAGAAGCUGCCGAGCGAUCUGGACGGGAUGCCAAUAGAGCGAUUCGAAUGCGACGUGGAGUCAAUCCUGCAUGACACACUCAUGGACGGAGAAUCUCUGGACUUCAACUUCGACCCCAUGAACUCCCAACAGGGGUUCGUGCCUCACAGUGUAAAGACCACCACUCACAGCUGGGUGUCUGGGUAAAAACCCUCAUCGCUGAGCGGCACCCAAACCUCUCGCCACCCCUCACCAGGGAACUAAGCCCCUGUAAAUUUGCUCACUUUUCUUCAGCAGAGGCGGCUGAGAUACCACCUCACACUGCCAAGCACACUGGCUCAAUGUGGAGCUAAAUUGCAAGGACGGUUUUGUCCACAGACAUUGGGAUUCACGUUCAAACCAAGUGCCAAACCAGGUGCCUGUGCUCCAUAGCCAAAUUGACAAGCUUUAUUUUGCUGCCUUCAGUGGUCAAAUCAGGGCAAAAAGAAAAA